AUGCCGUUCUACGAGAGGAUGACCAAGGACAGGCAGUUCCACAGGCUCGACGGCACCACCGUUGACGCCCCCUUCAUGCGCAACUCCGGCCGUCACUUCAUCGCCGUGUACGAUGGGUUCAAGGUCCUCAAGCUGCGGUACGAGAUGCCACGAGCCAAACCGUUGCGCUGGACGACCAACUUCAAAAAAACCACGCCACGGUACUCGAUGUGCAUCUUCCUCCCUGAUGCGUACGACGGCCUCCAGGGCCUCGUUGAGGAGAUAACCUCCCGCCCGACCUUCUUGCAUGAUCACCUGCCGACGAGCCAGGUCAAGGUCGGCGAAUUCGGGGUUCCCAAGUUCAAGCUUUCUUUCCAGAGCAGUGUCACGCAAACUCUCAAACACCUAGGGCUACUGUUGCCGUUCGGCAUGGGUGCUGACCUGUCAGACAUGGUGGAGGACGACGGCUCCGGCACACCUCUGGUUGUGAAUGACGUUUUUCAUAAGGCUGUCAUUGAGGUAAACGAGCAAGGGACUGAAGCUGCAGCUGUCACCACGACGAAAAUAUAUGGAUCAGCGAUGCCGCGGCCGACGCCAACGACGGAUUUCGUCGCCGAUCAUCCCUUCGCGUAUUUCAUACUCGAAGAGGCGUCAGGUGCAAUCAUCUUCGCAGGGCAUGUCGUCGACCCUAGCAGUGGCGGAGACAGCCAUGUGCGGAUUGGACGACCGAGAAAGGGGUGA